AUGGAGCCAUUUCGCGUGCGCCUAAACUGUAUCGAUCAUUACCAGGCGACCGCGUCGGACCUGGAUCCCCCACUGCCAUUUCGUGAUGGAGCAUCGGAGAAGGGAUACAGGCCCAAGGUGCCUGUGAUUCGAGUAUUUGGAGCCACUGAAACGGGCCAAAGGGUUUGCGUACAUGUCCACGGCGCAUUUCCAUACCUCUAUAUCGAAUACAAUGGGUCUUUGGCGCCAAACGAAGUUCACUCGGCCAUUCGGAUUCUUCAUCAUUCGAUUGACCAUGCUUUGGCCGUUAGCUUCCGCCAAAAUGCAUAUGACAGGAAGAUAGCCUAUGUGGCGCAUAUCACCUUGGUCAAAGGAGUCCCAUUCUACGGAUACCACGUUGGAUGGCGUUUCUUUUUCAAAAUCUACCUUUUGAAUCCAUUCCAUACCAAUCGCCUGGUGGAUCUUCUGCACCAAGGAGCCGUGAUGAAACGCCCUCUUCAGCCCUACGAGGCGCAUGUGCAGUACGUUCCGCAAUGGAUGUGUGAUUACAACCUGUACGGAUGUGAGAUCAUGAGAUGCAGCAAAGUUCGAUUCAGGGAACCGGUCCCAGAGUAUCUGGAGCUCAAUAAUCUAAACCACCGUUGGCACGACCGUUCAGUUUCGGCCGAUGACAUACUUGAUCACCCUGCUUUGCAGAAGCAAAGCCACUGCCCUUUGGAAGUUGAUGUGUGCGUGCAGGAUAUCUUGAAUCGCGCCGACCUCAAAGCAAGACCCCUGCAUCAUGACUUUACGGAGCUUUUGAAACCAGUUGCAGUCGAUGAGCGACUAGUUCCGAGCAUGGCUGGACUUUGGCAAGAUGAGACUCGUAGGCGCAAGAAAAGAAUGGGCAUCAAAGACCCGGGAAGCACUCCAUUCGGACCGGAGGAGUUGGUCUCAAUGUCAGCUGAUCCAAGAAACCAAGAGAGAGGUGGCUGGGUUCACGAGGAAGAAUUCCGCGAGAUGGAAGCUCGGCUUGCUGCGAACGAGAAGCUGGAUGACAAUGACAAAGAGACGUCUUUUGAUACAAUUUUGCAUAACCAGGAUCUGGCAGAAAAUGUCAAGACCGCGCUGGACAGUGUCGAAGACUUUUUCCCAAACAAAUUUCACGGGUCAACCUUUGAUGGUGCAUAUCAGCAAGAAUCGACUCGGCAGACGACCCCGGAAAUCUCAGUCGACGAGGGUCUUGCCCUGUCUUCGCAAGCCGACUACCAGUAUGACUCGGACAUUGACCCAGAAGAUGGGCAAUUGGACGAAGAGGCCGAACCAGAAGAGGGGCCCAAAGAGAACCCCUUGAGUGAAAGCUUUUACGACGGGGUCUUUGACGAUAUGGCAAUUCCAGAUAUCACCAAUCCUUCCGGGCUUGCGGCGCAACCAAAUGGAACCGACAUGGAACAGCGCAGAAAUAAAAGUGUUGCUCUUCACAAAAGGCUAUUCUUUGAUUUCCCCGAAGGCCACAACCUGUCUGGGAAGAAACGAAAGCAUUCAAUCAACCAAGACCUCUCCGGUGGACAUUUAGAGCCACGGAAGUCCCAACAAGACAAUAAACAAAAGAGUGUCUCGUUUGAAAGCGACCUGCAUGCGCAUGCGGGUGCUCCAUCCUCGACACCAAAUUCAUCUUCCUCACAGCGGACAAUCCGCCCGAAGGCGCACAGCUAUACCAGUGGGCUGAAAUUCCCAGUGGUAAAGGAUCCCAAUGAUUCUUUGACCAUAACUCGAUACAGCCAAGACGACGGGCACGCCUCGAAAAAAGGCGUCGAGUCUUCUCAGACUUCCUUUGGCUCCGUCCCUUCUGCAUCGACCACCGAAAAAUUAGGCGUGGUCAGUGUGAGCGAGAGUUCCUCUGAACCGCACUCGUCUGCAACGAUAACAGGACCAUCUCCGCUGGAUCCACAUCUUGCAGAAACACUGAAACUGGUUCAUCAAUCAUUCAACUUUGCGCCAAAUGCAUCUCUUCGAUGUCUCCGAACCCCCGGGCCAUCUUCCAGUGAGGUCGCUUCAACGAUACACCAUCAUGGACGUCCCUCUGUUGUGUACCAGAAAGCAUAUUACAGCGACGAGGCGGAUGUACCCGAAAGGCCAAGGGAAUAUGGCGGAAGGGAAUUUCGUCUUGAGAGCAAUACUAUUCACUAUCUACCUGAUUUCGACCCAACGGCAGAAAUGCCAGCGAUGUUCGGCGAGCAAACACCCAUAACUCUCGAUCAAGAUCGACAGGAAGCUAUUGACUUGCAGCUCAGAGAAAACUGCACAACAAAAAUUUGGGAGUUUGCACCUGUUCCGCCGAGUCGCGCAGAGGUUGUGAAAUGGUUCGACGACAUGGAAGCUACGCGACAAUCAGUCACAACAGAGCGUGUCCAGCCCCGGCCCGUUGGCCCCAAACCUGAGACAUGUUCACAGAUUGAAGGCCCGACGCAAAAGAAUACACAGGGCUUCAAGUAUUCGCAGAAGGGAACCUCCACGAGUGUGGAACAUCAAGCCCAAUAUAUGAGCACCAUGAGCUUGGAGGUGCAUGUGAAUACGCGCGGCACGCUGUUCCCAAACCCCGAAGAGGAUGAGAUUACUUGUAUGUUCUGGUGCAUCCAGUCCGAUGAUGGUGACUUUGAAGUCAAUAGUCAUCUCCCGGGCGUUCAUGUUGGCAUGGUAUAUCAUGGCGAAGGCGAGAGGCCGGAAGCUAAAAUAACGAAAGCUCUGAAGAUAGAUGCUGAGCAUGAGCCCACAGAGCUCGAUCUCAUCAAUCGACUCGUCGAUCUGGUUCGGUAUCAUGACCCAGAUGUCAUCACAGGCUACGAGGUCCACAAUGCCUCUUGGGGAUACAUGAUUGAACGCGCGAAAAGAAAGUACGACUUCGAUAUCUGCGAGGAGCUUUCUCGGACAAAGUCUCAAUCCAAUGGCCGAUUUGGCAAGGAGGCAGAUCGGUGGGGGUUCGAUCACUCUUCAUCGGCGCGCAUCACUGGUCGACAUAUGUUCAACAUCUGGCGCGCCAUGAAGGGUGAACUCAACCUCCUCCAAUAUACCAUGGAAAACGUUGUUUUUCACGUCCUGCACCGCCGAAUCCCUCACUAUUCGCCUCAAGUAUUGACCCAAUGGUACCAAAGCGGCAAGCCUCGCGACAUGCUCAAAGUUGUGGACUACUUCUCCUCACGCGUGCAGAUGAACCUUGAGAUUCUCGAAGCGAAUGAAUUGACGCCGAGGACAAGCGAGCAAGCAAGAUUGCUAGGCAUCGACUUUGCCUCCGUCAUCUCGCGAGGAUCUCAGUUCAAAGUUGAAUCUUUGAUGUUUCGAAUCGCAAAGCCCGAGAACUUCAUGCUGGUCUCGCCGAGUAGAAAGCAGGUGGGACAGCAGAACGCGCUGGAAUGCUUGCCUCUGGUUAUGGAGCCGCAGAGUGACUUUUAUACCAGUCCACUUCUGGUGCUUGACUUCCAGUCUUUAUACCCGAGUGUCAUGAUCGCGUACAACUACUGCUACUCCACAUUCCUCGGCAGAGCGAUGCAUUGGCGUGGCCGAGAUAAGAUGGGGUUCAUGGAUUACAAGCGUCAACCAAGACUACUUGAGUUACUCAAGGGCAAGGUCAACAUGGCGCCAAACGGUAUGAUGUACGCCAAGCAGGAAGCCCGGCAAUCAUUGCUGGCUAAAAUGCUUACGGAGAUUCUUGAGACUCGCGUGAUGGUCAAGAACGGCAUGAAGGUCGACAAAGACGACAAGGUUUUACAGCGUCUUCUGAAUAAUCGACAAUUGGCCCUCAAACUAAUUGCCAACGUGACUUAUGGUUACGCUUCUGCCUCGUUCUCCGGCCGAAUGCCCUGCUCAGAGAUCGCCGACAGCAUCGUCCAGACCGGACGAGAGACCCUCGAAAAAGCCAUCGCCUUCAUCCACUCAGUUGAGAGAUGGGGUGCCGAAGUAGUCUACGGCGACACCGACAGUCUCUUCGUAUAUCUCAAAGGGCGAACGCGGGACCAAGCCUUCGACAUCGGCGAAGAAAUCGCCAAAGCAGUAACAGAUCUGAACCCGCGUCCUAUCAAACUCAAAUUCGAAAAGGUAUACCACCCCUGCGUCCUCCUAGCAAAGAAACGCUACGUCGGCUUCAAAUACGAACACCGCACCCAAAAAGAGCCCGAGUUCGACGCCAAAGGCAUCGAAACCGUCCGCCGCGACGGCACCCCAGCCGAGCAGAAAAUCGAAGAAAAGGCCCUCAAAACCCUCUUCCGCACCGCAGACCUCUCCCAAGUCAAAUCCUACUUCCAGCGCCAAUGCGCCAAAGUCAUGCAAGGCCGCGUCUCCAUCCAAGACUUCUGUUUCGCCCGCGAAGUCCGCUUAGGCACAUACUCGGAUCGGGGCCAGCUUCCUGCCGGCGCGAUGAUCAGCACGAAGCGCAUGGUCGAGGAUCCGCGCUCGGAGCCUCAGACUGGCGAGCGUAUUCCCUACGUCGUUGUCACUGGUGCGCCGGGGUCGAGACUGAUUGACCGGUGCGUGGCGCCGCAGACUCUGCUGCAUGAUGCGCAGCUGGAGCUCGAUGCGGAGUACUACAUCACUAAGAAUCUGAUUCCGCCGCUUGAGCGGAUCUUCAACCUUGUUGGUGCGAAUGUUCGUCAGUGGUAUGACGAGAUGCCGAAAGUGCAGCGGAUCCGGCGGGUGGAUGGUUCGGCUGAGUUGAUGGGCUCUGUGGGAGCGAGGAAAACGUUGGAGACUUAUAUGCGUUCUUCGUCGUGUGUGGUGUGUCGGUCUAAAUUGACUGAUGCUACGGUUCCUGUUUGUGAGGAAUGCUUGCAGCAGCCGCAUCUUGCGCUGUUGGACGUUGUCUCGCGGCUGCGGCGUGCUGAGAAGCGGGUUGUGGAUCUGGAGGCUGUUUGUCGGUCUUGCAUGGGCUUCACGGCUGGUGAUGCCGUGAGCUGUGAUAGCAUGGACUGUUCUACUUUCUAUUCUCGCACAAGAGAUGCUGCUCAUUGGAGACACUCGCGGGCCACGUUGGGCCCAGUGGUUGAGUUGUUGGAACAGAAGGGCGAUGAAUGCCUCGAUUGGUGA